CGCUGCGUCCCGUGGUGCUUCGCGGCGCGGCCUCGCUCUCUUCCGGUCGCGGGCAGCCGGGGCGCAGAGGGCGGUCGCGGCGGGCAGGGUCGGCUGUUCCGGCAGGAUGUUGGCCUCCAGGGUGCUGAGCCUCGUCGGCAGGCGGGCGGUUUCCACCUCCGUGUGCGUGCGGGCGCACGGGAGUGUUGUGAAGAGUGAGGACUACGCUCUCCCGAGCUACGUGGACCGGCGUGACUACCCCCUGCCCGACGUGGCCCAUGUGAAGCAGCUAUCUGCCAGCCAGAAGGCCCUGAAGGAGAAGGAGAAGGCCUCCUGGAGCAGCCUCACCAGGGACGAGAAGGUCGAGUUGUAUCGCAUUCAGUUCAAUGAGAGCUUCGCCGAGAUGAACCGGGCCACGAAUGAGUGGAAGACGGUCGUGGGCACGGCCCUGUUCUUCAUCGGCUUCACCGCCCUCGUCCUGAUCUGGGAGAAGCACUACGUGUACGGCCCCAUCCCGCACACCUUCGACAAGGAGUGGGUGGCCAUGCAGACCAAGAGGAUGCUGGACAUGAAGGUCAGCCCGGUCCAGGGCUUCUCCGCCAAGUGGGACUACGACAAGAACGAGUGGAAGAAGUAGAGCUCGCUGCCCCAGAGCCCUCGCAGCGCUGCGCACGCACAGGAGCCCACGUCAGACGGCGCCAGUCCUAAUAAACGCCCCGUGUCCCCGAGGUCCAAUGACGAGAACUAAAUGCAAGUGUCUGUUAUUUAAAACAAUAGAUGUCUCCCAGGCGUCCACAGUAAACAUAUACUGGCUACACACGAA